AUGCAUGCGCAAUUACGCCCUAGAGGGCUAAUUUCGCCAUUGCUACUCUUUUUCUUGACUACAAACCUCUCGUUCAUUGAAACUAUAACUAUUCCGGAACGGGGCGGGCCCUCACCUACGUCUAUCAAACCCGUCACACAUUUCGUAGGAAAACCAGAACCAGAGCCUACUACCAUCAAUGUUGCCACCACUUUAUCGAAACGCCAGCUUCCACCAGAGGCUCUCAAGGAGUUAAUGCAAUCAUAUGGUGGCGAGGAUGUAUCAUCAGUUCGUAGUGCCACGAAAUCCUCAGCUGAAGCGCAGCACAGCAACAACACACUAGCGAAAAAAGUCGACGUACCUCCGUCGUUCUUUUAUGGCGAGAAGGGGUUGAUUGUCCGAUGUCAUACUCGUCACUUUGUGUACAACCAAAAGCCGUUUCUAGAUCCCCAAUUCCCUAAUUUUGAACUGAAGCACUGGACAGAUUGGAAAGCAAAGGGAAGUUUUCAACGUAUGGACGAUGUCAUAAGGGUGCGGCAAGUUCGAUGUUAUACUUGUAGCUGUACUGGUGAGGGGGCUAUGGUUACUAGUGACCAUAAGUAUUGUAGGGGGGAGCUUACAAUAGCACGAUGCAUUUUAGUCUUUGCCUGUUUUUGCACGGCUUAUCUUACACGGCCGGCGCCUAUCGAGGGUGCUGACGCCUCGGAUUACCGUACCGCCCUAGACAACAUACCUGCCACAGUUAGGAAUCACAAUAGGCAUUUCAGUUAUGAGUUCAAUGGAGAAAGCCUUGGUUUCGAUCCUAAUACUCUAGGUCCCCCUUUACCCAUGCUUAUGCAAGAUGACCGAAGAAAUAUCUGGCAACCCCCAUUAGACGAACGAUAUGUAGGUCGACGACGACCAGGGCGGCCGGGGCCGGACCAAAGCAUUCCGCCGCUUCCGCCGUUACAAUGGGAUGAGCCACCUUUGUCCCCGGGCGAUGAAUUUCAGCCACUCCCAUUUGAUUGGGGCGAAAACGAACCGUUCCCCGACGUUGCCUGGCUUGACCGAGGUUUCGAAUUUAGUAUGUACGAUGGUGUACCCGAUGAAUAUGGAUACAAUUACGACAGAAUACGUCCCGAACCGAAGGACACUCGGCCGCCUAAACCUCGUCCAACUAAGUAG